AUGGCCAACCAAACCCCGGCCGUUGUCAUGGACAACGGCACGGGAUUUUCCAAGCUGGGUUUCGCCGGAAAUGAUUCCCCAUCGUUUGUUUUCCCCACCGCCAUCGCUACAAAAGGUGCUGCUGGAGGCGGCGGUGGUUCUGGCUCGGGCCGUCCGGCUAUCGCGAACAAGCCGUCAUUCCUUACCGGCGGCGCAGGCCCGAGCAGCCACCUAAAUUCGAAGCGAGGAACCGAGGAUCUCGACUUCUACAUCGGUGAUGAAGCGUUGAGUGCUGCAUCGGGGCCUGGAUACGGUCUUCACUACCCCAUUCGCCACGGCCAAAUAGAGAAUUGGGAUCACAUGGAACGGUUUUGGUCCAACUCAAUCUUCAAAUAUCUUCGAGUAGAGCCCGAGGACCACUACUUUCUCCUUACCGAACCCCCGCUAAACCCCCCCGAAAAUCGAGAGAACACAGCCGAAAUCUUCUUCGAGUCCUUCAAUUGCGCCGGCAUGUAUAUCGCUGUUCAAGCCGUGUUAGCUUUGGCCGCAUCUUGGACCUCGUCAAAGGUUACCGAUCGAUCGCUUACCGGGACUGUAAUUGACUCUGGUGACGGUGUCACGCACGUCAUUCCAGUUGCGGAGGGCUAUGUCAUUGGCUCAUCCAUCAAGUCGAUCCCCAUUGCCGGUCGGGACCUCACCUACUUCGUGCAGUCGCUGCUCCGGGAUCGCGGCGAGCCGGAUUCAUCCCUCAAGACGGCGCAGGAGAUUAAGGAGGAGUACUGUUAUGUAUGUCCCGACAUCGUCAAGGAAUUCGCCAAGUAUGACCGCGAUCGCGAACGGUUUGCGAAGCAUGUUGUAUCCCACCCUGGUGGCCGCCAGGUCAGCGUUGACGUCGGAUACGAGAGGUUCCUGGCGCCCGAGAUAUUCUUCAACCCCGAAAUCUACAGCUCCGAUUUUCUCACCCCUCUGCCCGUGGUUGUUGACGGAGUCAUUCAGCAAUCACCCAUAGACGUGCGGCGCGGUCUGUACAAGAAUAUUGUGUUGUCCGGCGGAAGUACCUUGUACAAAGACUUUGGUAGACGACUACAGAGAGAUAUCAAACAUCUUGUGGACGCUAGAAUUCGCGCGAGUGAGGUGCGGAGCGGGGGAGCCCGUAGCGGCGGUCUUGACGUGCAAGUCAUUACCCACAAGAGGCAGCGACAUGGCCCUUGGUUCGGCGGCAGCCUGCUAGGACAGACUCCCGAGUUCCGAUCUUACUGCCACACCAAGGCAGAGUAUCAAGAAUACGGACCCAGCAUAGUACGGAGAUUUGCCCUGCUGGGAGGACCCGGAGGCUCAUAA